CACACACACAUUGGAGGGAACCCCAUCAGCUGUGUGAAGCAACACAGCUAUAACUUACUUUUAUUUUUCUAACUCUUUGCUCCUAAAAUUCACAGAUUUUGAAAUAGUGUUUUAGAUAUGCGCCAUUGAGGAGUACAGCGAGAGCUCUGCGGUAAAAACGAACAUCUUUAUAUUUUAACAAGGGGAGCAGUGGAGGGAGAAAAAACAGAAAACACGGACUAGAGAAGGUGGCUUUGAAAGCAUGGAAUAUUUCAUGAUGCCGACAGAGAAGAUACCGUCCUUACAGCAGUUCAAGAAGACGGAGAAGGAUGUCAUAGGAGGUCUCUGCAGCCUGGCCAACAUCCCCCUCAGUCCAGAGACGGCCCAGGACCAGGAGAGACGAAUCCGCCGUGAGAUCGCCAACAGCAAUGAACGCCGGCGCAUGCAGAGCAUCAAUGCAGGCUUCCAGUCCCUCAAAACACUCCUGCCCCACACAGACGGAGAGAAACUCAGCAAGGCGGCCAUCUUGCAGCAAACGGCAGACUACAUCUUCACCUUGGAGCAGGAAAAGACACAGCUCCUGGCACAAAACAAUCAGCUCAAACGCUUCAUCCAGGAGUUCAGUGGUUCAUCACCGAAGAGGAGGCGAGCUGAGGAGAAAGAUGAAGGGAUCGGGUCUCCAGACACGCUGGAGGAGGAGAAGGUCGAGGAGCUGAGGAGAGAGAUGUUAGAGCUGCGACAGCAACUGGACAAAGAGCGCUCGGCUCGUAUGCAGCUGGAGGAGCAGUUGCGGAGGACUGAAACUGAUGAUGACACAGAUGAACAUAAUGAUGUGCGCUCUCUGGACACGCAGCUGCACCCAGAGCGUCUGAAGGUGAUCACCCAGCAGGUGGAGGAGGAGCAGGCACUCAUCCAGAGCCAGACGCUGUUACGGCUGCAGCAGAUCCACGCCGCCGACAGACAAACACACAGUCCACAGGUGCUGGCUCCUCCCACUCCCCCUGCCCCAACCCAUCACCCCACGGUCAUCGUCCCAGCUCCGACACUAACCCAGCACGCCCACCAUCACGUCACUGUGGUGACCAUGAGCCCAUCUGUCCACACCAGCACUGUGUCCACAUCCAGACAGAACCUGGACACCAUUGUGCAGGCCAUCCAGCACAUCGAACGCACUCAGGAGAGGAGAGCCAGCGCCGAGGAGGAGCAGAGACGAGCUGUCAUCGUCAGCCCCGCCCACGUCGCCAUGGACACCGCCUGCUCGGACACAGACACUGACACAGAGGGAGAGGACUGCUCAAUGAAAUGAUCCACUCCACGAACGAACAUAUACACGCACACACACAUACACACAAACACUUAAAAUACCUACUCACUGUAAGAUUCCCUCCAGGAGCUAGACUACUUUUAAAAAAAAAAAUCUGUCUUUGGCAUUAUCCAAACUCCUAAAUCCAGUGGUUAAGCUCGGUGUCAGUCUUGUACUGUAAAAUCUCUGAAGAUUGAAAACAUAGGAUGGUCAGCGUGCAGAGGAGGCCCUGUGAGGAUUUCUAGACGCUGUUUUUUCAAUGUCUGAGCCGGUGUGUCGCUGCUUGAAAACUUAGGGGUCUCCUUGUGUAAAAAGCUAUCAGCAUCCAUCCGUCCUUCAUGUGUGUUUAUGUGUGCUACAUACAGUCAUGGUAUCAGUUACCCGUCGUCACUGGCACGCUGACAGUAUUAUUUGUGCUAGAAAUUGAUGGAUUUAGCAUAACGGAAAGUUGAAUGUAACAACACAAUAAGCACGCAGCUCUUGAUUCUGAAAAGGGACAUGGAGUUGCAGUUAUUUCUUCCCCAGUCUUAAUUUUGUUUUUUCUUUUUUUGUUUUUUCCUGGUUCCUUUACUCGAGUGCCAGUGGCCAUGAAACCCGACUUAAACUACAACAGAGGGCAUUUCUAAAUUUAAAAGUUUGGGACAAAUACACACUUAAUUGCAAAGUUAAUUUUGAGGACACGUGGAAAGAAAUUUUGUCUGAUUUACUUGAAACAAAAGGAUGUGUUAUUGAUAUCUAAAUAAGCCCUUAAAAAAAAAAAUAAGCUGUUGAACAAUUUACAUUGAUCAUCUUUUGCUUUUAAUGUCGUUCAUGUUUUUGUUAACAUUUUCUUUUUCUGUCAGGGUUACUGAAUGUUGAAGGUGAACAUUUUGUUAUAUUGAGAUUAACAACUUAAAAUUGGAGGUUGGUCAGGUUUUCACAGGGAGCCGGAGGCCUUCAGAUGAAUUCAUAAAAGUCGGUUUCAGUUCAGUUUUUAUCCGCUGCUGAUAGUGGUUAUUGCACCCCUAACUUAAAAAAAAAAAAAAAAAAAAAAAAGAACCAAAUGUUGGUUCGUUGCUUGGAAACAUCUGCUGGCAUUUUGUGACCGACUGGAGUUAAUUUUCAGUCAGUCUCCAACAAUUUCACUGCAUCAGACGUAAAAUAUGGAAAGUCUUGCUGAUGUGAAAAUUUCGAUGAUUCACAGGCUAACGAAGCGUGAAGGCUUCCGGUGUCCCUCCAAAGACUUCAGUCUAUCUUCUGGUCUUGGUUUGUUGAUUUCAGUGACUAUGCACUAGAGUUUUUGCUAUUUAUGCAAUCCCAUCUUCAGUACAUUUGUUGGCGUCAAUUAUACAUGAGGUGAAGUUUUCUAUGCACCGUUGAUAGGUGUGUACAUUACACCUACAGUAUAUGUAUGUAACUUGACAUGCUUGUAUCAAAGAAUGUAGUAGUCUCUACUCGCAAGGUGCUCUUUGUCAACCUGGUGCUCUGCUGACGAGCAGUGAGCUGAGGCCAAAACCCUUCAUGUAACUUCACACUUGAUCACGCUUUUUUUUUUUGUUUUUUUUUGUUUUUUGGAAAUAACAUAUGUCACUUCUACAUUUUGGAAUUGCUCAAGAGAGCAGGGGCGCAGGGAAGGGACACACAGGUUGUGUUGUCUCGUUCAAAAUGUAACUUUCAGAACACAGUAGGAUCACAUCUCACUGAACUCCAUCCCCACAAAGCAUCAUUGUUUAAAAGAAAACUGUAAAAAGAGUGUUGGGCAGCUGUAGUUGAAGAAACUAAGCAUGCAGUGAAAGAUCGAUGUAUGUUUUCAGUGCAUCAAAUGCCACAAAACGUGCUAAAUCAUUGUCCAGUCAGAAUGAAAUUUAAAUGAAAAAGACUGAAAUGAAUUGCAGAUUUUCCCAACACAAUCUCUGUCUAUAAAAUGCACCAAAUCUGUCCACCUCAUGUUAUGUUGCUUGUACUUCUCUCGGGAAUUUGACUGGAAAUCCCUGCUUGGAGCCUCUCUCCUGUCAUACUCGAUUUGAUUCGCUGACUUGACGCUGUAAACAUUCCUUUUAUUUGGAUUUGUAUCUGUCUUUUGAUCUCUUACAUGUUCUUUUGCCAAUUGAAUGCAUGUUACUAAUUGCUGUUUCCUCUCAUCUGAAGCGGGCUUUUGUUUUGACAUUUUGUUUAUUUUUGGGGGGGAUUUUGGUUUUUUUUUUUUUUUUUUUUUUUCAUGAUCACAUGACUGAUGUGUUCAGUGUGAAACUGUCUUGUGUGCGACGUGUGGACACUAUUCACUCACUGACAUCAGUUUUAUAUCUGGUUAGAUUAGAGUUUUUCAUGCCAAACGAGGGAGGGGAGAGUACUCGUAUUUUUUCCUUUUUUUUAGUGACGCUUUGUUAAAGGGUUUGGUGUUCUUCUGGCAGAUGUUUAGCCAAGGCCUGAGUUUAGGUGAGGUUUGUUAUUCGUCAGAAAAACAUUUUGCCCUCAAAUGUUUCUGUACAUUGUGUUGCAGCACUGCUGUCUUUUGGUGGAAUUUUGAGAUAUUUGAUAUGAAGCACUUGCUGUUCUGUACUGCCUGAAUCAGUGAUGAGGAAGAUUUUUUUUUUUUUUUUUUUCCAUUUAUUUUUUGUAAGCUCUUUGCUGUGACGCAAUUUAACAUCUGUUUAUUGUGUUCUGCUUUUUUGUCUUUUCAUUUGUCUCUCUUGUCCCGGUUUUCCAUUUUUUUUGGUGACAAGCAUUUUUUAUAUUUUUGUGUGAAAUUUGUCUUUGUUUUUGUUUUUUUUGUUUAGUUUUUUUCUUUUCCAUCAGUCCAGGUCGAUGAGAAGCUGUUAUAUUUUGUUUAUAAAAAAACUUGGGUAAACAGGCCUUUGUAAAGAUGAAAAAAAAAAUAAAAUUUGUACUUUUUUUAUUACA